AUGGAUUAUCGAAAUCAGACCAACGUCACGGAUGAUGACUCACUUCCGGUGUCAUUUCCGGCGUCCUGUAACGAGUCAAUUGUGGGCGAGAUCCGGCACUAUCUGACGCCGCUUGUAGAGUCCCACUUCCUGUUGGCGCUCAUCUACUGCAUCCUCGUCGUCGCGGCUCUCUUCGUCGGCUCUAUCGGCAACAUCAUCAUCCUGGCAGUGAGCACGACGACGCGCGCCAUGAACCGCGUCGGCCGGGACUUCGUCAUUAACCUGGCGCUGGCCGACCUUUGUGUGGCGCUGAUUUCCGACCCCAUGUGCAUCCUCGGCGUGCUGAAGGGCGAGCGAUGGUUCCAGAGCCGCUGGUUGCUAUGCGAGGUGGUCGCCUCCAUGUGCCUCACAGCCUGCUUCUGCGCUUUCUUAAGCCUCACCCUCCUCACGUUAAACCGAUACGUGUUCGUCUGCAAGAACGUCUGGUACGACACAAUCUUCAAGAGGCCUGUGUGCAUCUUGAUGUGCGCAUGCGCGUGGGUGCUGGCCUUCCUGUUUGAAUUCCCGAACUUUGUCGGCUGGGGAGACCACUACUUUGACCAAAAGAGCCAGCAGUGUAUCUGGGACCGCACGGCCAGCUUCUCGUACACGCUUGUGGUGGCGGCAGGACUUAUCGGCUCCCCGCUGCUGUUGAUGGGCGUCUGCUUCGUGCUGAUCUUCUACAAGAUCUACCAAAGCAAGAUGGACGUCUACUCUCUGAAUGUUGACGAUCCCCUCAGGAUGCAAAAGGUCUGGGUAGAGUCUCUGAGGUCCUCCAAGACGCUGCUUGUCAUCUUUAUCGCGUUUGUCGUUUGCUGGACGCCGUACGCCAUCGUGACGGCUCUCGACGUUGAGAAUGCGUUUCCCAUGGAGCUGCAUUUGUUCAUCACCCUCCUGGCGCACCUGCACUCCAGUCUCAACUUCACCAUCUAUAUGUCCUUUAACAAAACGUUCCGGCGCACGGUGAUGACCAUGCUCUGCUGUCGCGUGUCCAGUCGGUCGUCCAGGAGCUCCAUGGGCACAUCGGAAACCAGCGACUCUGUCAAGUCAGGCUCCAAGUUCUCACACGACCUGCCGCUCGACCAGAAGAACGCUUACACGAUCAAGUCUGGAGAGCCGGUGGGGACCCUGGCUCUGCGUCCCAGCAAGGUUGACAAGUUAGCGGGGAUGGGGAUGGCUAUGUCAUCGGGGAUGGAUAUGAGGUUUUAGAGAGAAUGUAAAUAAAGGAAGAUAGAGUAGGUUUUUAAGAAAAACAAGAAAGAUUUGUAUUGUCAGUAAGGCCAACGUGUAUACUCACUAAGACAUAAAAACAUUGUCAUAAAGUAGUUCAG